AAAUCAUGCCUCUUGCUGCAGUUCACAGAUAAACGGUUUAUGGCUGUUCAUGAUUUGACAAUUGGUGUGGAGUUCGGGGCACGGAUGAUUUCCAUUGAAAACAAAAAGAUCAAACUGCAGAUUUGGGAUACGGCUGGCCAGGAAUCCUUCCGGUCUAUCACACGCUCCUAUUACAGAGGAACAGCUGGGGCGCUCUUGGUCUAUGACAUCACCAGGCGAGAAACGUUCAACCAUUUGUACGCCUGGUUAGAGGACGCUCGGCAGCAUUCCAGUCCCCACAUGGUGAUCAUGCUGAUUGGCAAUAAAAGCGACAUGGAGAACCGGCGAGUUGUUCAGAAAGAGGAAGGAGAGGCUUUUGCCCGGGAACAUGGCAUGGUUUUCAUGGAGACAUCAGCAAAGACAUCAGCCAACGUGGAAGAGGCCUUUCUCAACACAGCUAAAGCCAUCUACAGAAAGAUCCAGCAGGGUGAACUGGACAUUUCCAAUGAGGUUUCUGCAGACUGA